AUGCUGCCUUCGCGUAGAUCUGUCGCAGAAAGCGAAAUGGACAGUAGUGGGGUAGGUUUUUUCUGAGAUUUAUAAAGAAAUUAAUAUUUUGUAUUAAGAUCGGGAGCAUGUUUGAUGCUGUUGAAGAAGAAGUUUAUGGCAGAAUUGAAAAUAAACCGGCUCCAGUGGCAUCUCGACUGAAAGGAAAGAGAAGAUAUUACGAUGAGGAUGACGAGAAUCAUUUUGGAGAUGUUCGUUUCGAAAUUCAUUUCGAAACAAUUUUCUGAUCAUUAUUUUUCAAAAUAUCUCUGACUCUCCAAAAUUUAGUAGUUUUUUUUUUUGACUCUUGCUGCUAUUUUGAUUUUCGCGACUCACUUUGAACACGGUAUCAAAGAAAUGUGGCUUUUUCAAACAAAUUUCAAUUUUUUUUUUUUUUCAAACUCAUUUCGAUAUUUUCAAAUUUUCUAGAGUUCUGGUUUUCAAUUCCAUUAAAGUACGUACAUUUUUGAACUUCAAAUUUUUCUAAUUCGGCCAUUAAAUUUUUGUGAAAAAAAGCCCUUUUUUUCCUUGAGUCGAUUUGAAAAAAAUCUUUUUGAGGUUGCAAAAAAAUUAUUCCAAUUUUAGUUUGGAUAAGUAAUUUUGCAAUUGAGAUUCAGCUGAAAAAAAUGAUGAAAUAUUCUCAUUUUUGAUCCCCAAACAUAUGUAUUAUCAUUUUUUUCAUGGUUUUUUUAAAAUUAUUCUUUUUCAAACUUAUUCUUAUAUUUUUUUCAAGUCCAUAAGGUUUAAUUUUUCAAUUCCUUUAAAGUGCGUACAGUUUUAAAGUUGAAAUUUUUAAAUUUGACAUUCAAAUCUUGCGAAAUUUCUACUUUUUUUCGAUUUUUCCGAUGUAGAUUUCUUCAAAAAAAUUUUGACGGAAUCGUUAAUAAAUAUUCCAAUUUAAGAAUUUUAAACUGGAAUUCAGCUGAAAAAUCCAUAAAAAUAUUCUCAUUUUUUUGGUCCUCAAAAAAAUUGAAUGUUUUUUUCCCAGAGUUCCCUGCACGAAUUGAUGCGCUCCAACCUUUCCUUAAAAAUCGCCGCCGAGUAAAAAAAUUGCACCCGGAGAAGAAUGAAGAACCGGAAAAAAACCGGGUUCUUUCCAAUUUUAUCAAAAGGAAGACGUCAAUGGUUAGUUUUAACCUGAAAUAAACAAGAAAAACCUUGAAAUUAAGUGAAAAAUGGUUUGAAAUUUGGAAAAUUUACUUUUUCAGUAGGAUUUCUUACUAUAUUUUUUUUCCUAUUGUUGUUUUUUUUUUGCGAAAAAAGACCGUAUUUGACCAAUCUUCGCUUAGAGACCUUUGUGUGGUUCCUAAGUGCAAAAAAAAUGUGGUUACGGUGGCUUUUUCUUUGCUGUGCUUUGAAACCAUAAAAAAUAAUCCAGCUCGAUCGUUUUACCAUUCUCAGAAACGCCAGAGUGGUCACUAGAGGGCUAAGAAAAAGGCCCUGUUGUGGCCAAAAUUUAGAUGGUCCUUUUAGGGGUUUUGGUCGGAUAUCUAAGCCCCUAAGCAGCCCCUAUAGGGUCUUUCAAUCCUUUCGUUCAAUUUGAAAAUUAAAAAGACGUAUAGAAGUAACCUGCAUGCAACUAUAGAGUGUCAACUAACUAAAAACCCUAGAGUGGCUACUUUUAGAGGCUUGGUCCUGGGAGGGAAAGGAAGAUGGUCCCUAAAAGUACAAACAAAUUAGGAAAAAAAGCCUAAAUUCUGGGAAAAACGGCUAAAAUUCAGGUGGUCCCUAUAGGGGUUUAUGGUGUGAGCGCCUGAAGCUUCAGUGGUCCCUAUAGGGGUCUUUCAACUUUUUUUUUCAGUUUCAGAAAAGACGUAUUUUCAUUCAUUUAAAAAGUUCAAUUGCCCUCGCGCAAUCUGCGUAAGUGGUCUCUAUAGGGGUGUUUAAAUAUUUAGAAAUAUUGAUCGAUAGGUUCUCUGUUGAUAUUUUUCAUUUAAAAAUAGUUAAUUUAUCGAUUUUUUGCAUGAAAAUGCUUCUCAUGAAACUUUGUUUUGUUAACUUGCUUUUGUGCUUUUUUCAGCUUUUUAAAAUAUGAUUUGAGAUUUAAGGGAGACCCGUAAGUCGGGUCGGAAGCGAGGCGGAGUUGAUCCGCUUCGAACUGAACGCCCAGGUUCAAAACUUUCUCGACACUUAUCAUGAUGACAUGGAAAAGUUUGGGUAUCCUUCAAAAUUUUUAAAAAUGAGUAAUUUUUGAUUUUGUUCAGAUUUCCCGGAGAAACGGAGAGAAAUGAGUCGGGAGUUUCGAACCAAGAAGAUUCCGACGGAAUGAAAACCCCGUCUCCAAUCAUUCUUAGGAAUCGACUUCAGAGGUUUGAUUUGAAGGGAGCCCAGAGUGGUCCCUGAAGGGACAACCGUAGGUCUGUUAUAGGCCCACCUUUAGGGACCACCUUGUAUUUCACUAUAGGGACCACUAAAGCUUUCAAAAAUGGCCCUUUUUAAUGAAAUAAUUUCACCAGAGAACUAGUCAAUCAAUUUCUAGUAAUUACGUUCUUAAGAUACCACUGUAUGGAUCACUUGAGCGUUAGGGGUCUAGAUAUCAGUCCCUAAAGGUACCACUUGAGUUUUUCCCCUCUAGGGAGCACUAUUUUGCCCUCUAUAGGAGCUAUCGUUCUCUCCAACCCCUAUAGGGGCCCCUAAAGCUUGCAAAAAUGACUUUUUCUUUUUUUGAAUAGAACAAUUUUGAAAGAGGAUUACUCGAUCCAUUUUUAUCAAUUACGUUUUUUUAAAAUAUUCUUGAGAGACCAUUAUAGGGAUCACUUGAGCGUUAGGGGCCCACAUGUCAGACCCUAUAGGGACCACCUGAAUUUCACCCCCUCUAGGGAGCACUAUUAUACCUCCUUCAAUGGCUAUUUCCCUCUAAAAACCCUCUAGGGACCACUCUGGCGUUCCUGAGCUUUUUGCAUGGUUUUAAGAGAUUUAUUGGGAAUUUUAGCUCUCUUUUAUUUUUCUUCAAAAAAUGGUUUUAAGGCCUAGUUUUUAGGCUUAAAAAUCCCAUAUUUGAGUUUUUCGCAUCGAGACCUUUUUUGAAAAUUAGCCUAUGCUCCUUUAAUUUGGGGGUUUCAGAGUUUAAUGGUUUUUUUAACGCGAUUUAAAGAUAUUCUAGUCUUGAAAUUCGAGAUUUUCUCAGAAAAAAAUAAACAAUUUAAGCCUAAAAAAACCACGGAAACUUUAUUUUAUUUUUCAAUUUUCAUUAUUUAGUUUUUGAACCUCAUUUUUCCCGUUUCAGGCUCAUGGAGAGCCCCUCAAACAACAUAAAAAGACCGUCCGAAGCGAUGGUCCAGGCGGCAAUCAUGCGCCGGAUCCCGUCGCCAGCUUUUAUCCCGAAAACGCCCUCGUUCUCCUCCCAAUCGUCCGCCUGCAACUCACCGGCCUAUCAGGCGACCCAAACGCCCAUUUCUUCCCCAAAAAGUUCAUUUUUCGUGUUUUACCUUGAAAUUUUGAAUUUUUCAAGGAAAAAAUGAGCGAAUUAUGAGUUCUCCGCUGUCGGUACGACGACGGGCGAUGCCGGCAACGCCCAGGGCUAUUUUUUCCUCCGAAAGAGUCGGACAAAACUCGAAUUUCGGGACUCCGACCACUGCCGGCAGAUUGUAAGGACUGGGAAGAGAAUUUUUUGAGAAAAUGGCAGAUUUUUCAGUAUAGGAGUUGCUAGAAAGAGGAUUUUGAUAAAAAAAAACAGACUUUGAGGAUUUAUUGCUUCAGGGGCUUAGAAGUCAACCUCUAUGGUGACCCCUAAAAACACUAUUUUGUUUCCUCUAGGGGCUGUUUUCCUCUAACCCCUUAAGGGACAACUCUGGUGUUUUAAAAACCGGAAAUUUCUGAUCAUUUCUAGUUACCACUUUAGCGACGUCAGUCCCUGUUCCUCUUAUAAAUUUCCGAUAGGGAUUAGGCUAUGAAAUAUUGACCUAUUCCUAGUGAACACUUAUGAGUGCUGAAGCCGCUAAAGUGAUAACUCGAAAUGCUCAGAAUAAUCCAGUUUGAGAUACACAGUUCGGACGGACCAAACUUUUGUCCAUAGAGCAAAUUUGCUAGAAAGUUUGAAUUAAUUUUUUAUAAACUUCUUUUUUCCGAGCCGAUUGAUUUUUUUCAAGGCGCCAGGCUGUCUACGCUUCACCGCGAGUGUCUCCGUACCGUUUCGGUUUCCGGAAUUAUCGCCUUUCUUCACGUCAUUUGACCAUUGGGAGAACCUUUCGGCCAGAUUUUCUUGCGGGUAAAAAACAAAUUUUCGAGGAUUUCCUGGAAUUUUUCACUGGGUGAAUCAAGGAUUUUUUUAAAUUUUAUAGAAAAGAGGUAGAGGAAAAAAAUGAGCCUUGACUAAAUUUGGACGGGAAAUUGAUAAGAAAUUUGGCUUUUUUUUUUAGGUUUUAUCCUGAUUUUUUUUCAAAAAAUCUACAGUUAAAUUCCAUUUUUGGCGGGAAAUAAGGGUUCAAAAGCGAAAAAAAAAGAAAGAAAUUAGGGGGUUUAAGAAUUUUUUCCAAUUUCAAGUCAUUCAACGGGAUUCUGACCUGUCUGCGACUCUUUUCUCUCGCAGGUCAGAGAAAAAUGGAAAUAGUACGUUGAGUUGAGAGAGUGCAGAGUAAUCUGGUUGUUUGAAGUUACGACGAAUGGAGUAUAUUAGAUUGAUGGAGCGCAAAAUAAAAAUAUUUGACCGGCUAUUUUUUCCAAACGGUUUCUAAGAGUAUCAACUUUGUAGCCAACCUGCAAAUGAAGAAAAAUUGGGAGAACUCUCCUUCAAAAGACGUGUUGAACAAGAAUCUCUCGUCGGCCCGUUCUCCCGUCAAAAGAUCGACCAAAUACGACGGUUUCUGCCUCGAAAUGGAUACUGGUAAGAAGGGAUUUUUGAAAUCAGUGGGAAAAUCGCUAGUGGCUACUUAAAAGGUUUCUCAAGAACUACUUGAAAAGGACGCUAAAGUGACCACUUGAAUCACCUAACCGCUAUUCUGCGUCUUAGGGGCCACUAUAGUAGUUUGUGAUUCCUAAAUUUUAGCCACUUAAGUGACCACUAAGUCGACUACUACAGUGGACACUGAAACGUCAAAACCCUAAAGUGAUCACUGAAAAUUUUCCCAGAUAAUUUUGGAAUUCUCAAAAAAAUACUAUAUGGAAAGGACACUAAAGUGGCCGCUAAGAGAACCUCUAUACAAGCCAAUAUUUUGCGUCUAAGUGGGCACUAUAGUAGUUUUUAGUGUUCUAGAAGUACCACCAAGAGUUCUAAAGGGACCUCUAUCCUUUAGCCACUAAGGUGGCCACUAAAACGUUAAAACCCUCAAGAGGCCACUAAAAAAUUUCCAGGGAUUUUAAAAAUUUUGCAGGGAUUUUAAAAAUUUUCAUUAAAUUGUUCCAUGCAUAACUUUCGUUGCACAUGGAAUGGCUCGAAUUUUAGCUCGUUCCAAUAAUUUUUGAUGCUUUUGAGCGCAAGUCGUUUUAAGUCGGACCCGUCUUGGAACCCUACCUCGAAAAAGCUUAAAAAUAUCAAGCUUUUAAAAUAUUUAGAACCACUUUUACAAGCUUUACAGACCCCUAAAGGGGAGAUAAAGUGGUCCCUAAAGGGGAACCUUCAAGGGUCCUUAGAUUGCCCUAUAGGGAUCACUCUGAAGGACUUUUUUUUCAGAAGAUCCCUCUGGAAUCGGUCAAAGCUUCUCGAAUGUGACGACGGAUAUAUCCGAGGUGCGUUUAGGGAGAGUAUCUCAGUAAUAAAUCUUCAAAGGUCGCGAUUUUAUGCCAAAUUUUGUGUGGUAUUAAUCCAAUUCAUUGCGGAUUUAGUACAAUUUUUGAAGGGCGAAAAUCGGUUUCUAAAUUUUCUAUUCAGAUCUUUCAUUCAUUCAAUGCAUUUUUAGGUUCAAGUUCCAAAAUUUCCCUUUCUCUGACUUUUCGAUUGGCAAUUCGUUAGGUCUUCAAAUUUUGGUCGCAUUUGGAAUGGCUCGACGCGCACCCGACCUCGAAACUACUUUCGCGCCUUAAAUUUUGAAUUUUAACGUUUACGCGUUGAUUUCAAAUGUUUCUGCUCUACCCUAAAAAUUUUCGAUUCGCGGGAACCGUUUUUGGUCGGGCGCGCCUGCUUUAAUUAAAGCGGUUCAGAGAUGGGCGGAGUUCCGCAUUUUUUUCGAUAUGACUUGCUGAAAAAAAUUUUUGUUUUAUUUUUUUUAUACAGUUACAAUCAUCUCUUUCGAAAAAAACGGUCAAAAAAAUAUGAUUUGGAGGGAAAAAAAUACAUAAAGUCACCUUUAAAAAAGCAAAAAUUAUGCUUAUUUUUUUGUACUGAACGUUUUUUUGCGCCCCCCCAUUGCAGAACAAAAAAAAAGUAAUCGAUUUUUUUUCGAAUUGUUAAGCUUCAAAGUCUGCAAGACAAGGAAAUUAUACCAAAAAAGCGCUAAAUCGAGCUUUUAAAGCCUCUUGACUCAAAAACAAGAUCCACUGUCAGAAUUUUUUCCUUAUUUUGGAAUCAGAAGGUCGUAAAGUACACCUCAGCUAAGUUUCAUUGGAAAUUAACCAGAAGAGCGGGGGGCGGUUAAAAAAACACUCUCCAGUGAGAAAAAUCAAAAAAACGACCCCGCUGUUCAAAAAAAUCCAAUCUGCUGCGGUUACGCGUAGAGCCAUUCCCAAUGCGACCACAGCAUACAUCGGCUAGAUCCCCCCCAGCUUUUCGUGCGCGAAAAAAAGUUUUGAAAAAUGUACUGAAAUAGGUUUUGGAAGGGGGGGGAUCCAGCCGACGUAUGGACCCCAGGCUUCCGAUUUUUCCUCGAAUCGAUAUUUCAAGGAAAAUUCACCAGUCCGUUCUCCCAAAAAACCGAACAAAGAUGAAGAUUGCGAGGGAGAUGUCGACACGGACGGCUCCUUCGACGAGGAAAUCGUCGAGAAAAUGUGGGAAUUUCGGCAGAAUUCAUGAUUUUAGUUAUUAAAAUAGAAAAAGUCCUUCCUAGGCUCAAAAUGUAGAUCAUUUGAAGCAGCAUGAUUUCUCUGCGCUCUCUUUCCUCGAGAAGCUCUCUCAGUCCUUCCUGACGGCGCUGGCGAGAGAAAAGAGGCGCAGAGAAGUCAACGGUUUCAAAAAUUAAUUUUUCUCACCGAAUUUUAUUUUUACACCCCCCGAAUCGACUUUUUUAACUUUAAAUGAAAAUUUUCAGGAUCCACUGA